GCAUAUUCUCGACAUGAGCGUGGGCAUCUAGGGUUUUUCGUCAUGGAGGGCUGGGACGCUGGGACGAAGAACACCGUCGCGAAGAUCCCACUGCUCAAGACCCGAGCUGGGCCUAGGGAUGGCGAUGCGUGGAAGCAGCGCCUCAAGGAGGAGUACCAGGCUUUGAUCAAGUACAUGGAGAUGAACAAAGCGAAUGAUAACGAUUGGUUUCGCAUCUCGGCCAGUCCAGAUGGGACCAAAUGGAAGGGGCGAUGCUGGUACAUCCACAACCUUCUCAAAUACGAGUUUGAUUUGCAGUUCGAGAUCCCCGUGACUUACCCCGCCACCGCUCCAGAGCUUGAGCUCCCGGAACUGGACGGGAAAACAGCCAAGAUGUAUAGGGGUGGAAAGAUUUGUUUGACAAUCCAUUUCAAACCUUUAUGGGCAAAGAACUGUCCUAGAUUUGGUGUUGCACAUGCGCUUUGCUUGGGUCUUGGGCCUUGGCUAGCAGCAGAAGUUCCUCACCUUGUUGAAACUGGGAUGAUUUCUCAUAAGGAUAAUGUAUCUAAUUAACAUUUUCGAAAUCAUGCUAAUCUAAUGGUGUUGAUGUAGUUUAAUCUUGAAA